GUUGAUUCGGCCGCCACAACCGUAAGCACGUUACUGCUCGCUCACUGAAUGAGCCUCAGUGUUUGGCUGGUUUGACAAAUUUCCCUGCGCGACCAUGGCGCUGAGGGUGAACAGUUAAGUUUGACACAUCAGUGGAAAAGUUCCAGCUCCCUCAUCGCUAUUCGGCUUCUCUCGGGAUUUAGCGCUUCUUUUUUUUCCGGGCAAAUGUAGGUACGUGGGAAGUGUCCGAUUUUUUUUCGAUUCGAUAGCCAAGAGCCAAGAGUCCUACACUGGCAAAGACAGACACAAUAGUAAAGAUGAACACCCUGUCGUUUGACGACCCCUCGUUGGAUAACCUGGACCCAACGCUGUCGUUGAAUGACCCCAGCGAUAUUGAUACGGCCCUCUUAAGCGACAUCGAUGAUAUGCUACAGUUCAUCAACAACCAGGAAAUGGAGUUUGUGGGACUCUUUGAUAACCCUCCAUACACAGCCCCCCCAGCCAUGCAAGAGCUUCCUGGUUUGACCCAGUCCAUCACCCCAGCUGCCCCUCCAACCGCCACUGCCACACCCCCAUCUUCCUCUUCCAUCCUAAGCAGUAGUCCCCACCUGGAUGCACUCCUGGGCCCUCCCAUUACCCGUAGCUCCUCUACCCCAGACAAGGCCUUCCAGCCCCCCACUUUCCAGCAGUCCCCCCUGGCCCAGGUGCCCAACUCCACCCCUCGGCAGCAGCCAGCCUCCCCGCAGCAGGCUCAGACUCUCAGACAGCCCCAGGUGUCACAGCCCCAGCCCAUUCUCAGCCCGUCUGCCCCGGCCCAGGCUGCUUCACCUCAUGGCUCACCUGGAACGAGCCCAGUUUUCAGCUCCACGCCCCAGGCUCUCUUCACCUCACCUGCACCCCAGACUCCACUUCAGCCCCAGCCACAGACACAACAUCAGGCCCAGGCUCAGUCCCAACAAGCCCGCACUAACUAUAGCAGCCAGAGCAGCUUCACAGCCGGCAGCCCCAACAGCCAACCUGCUACCAUUUUGUCAUCCUCACCUCCAAGUGUUCAGCCAGUGGCCAUCCAGACUCAGCUCCAGGGGCUGACCACCACCACCUCCCUACUGGCCACGACAGCGAGCCAACCCGUGCAAACCAUCGCACCCCAUAUACAGCAAGUUCCUGUGUUGCUGCAGCCCCAGUUCAUCAAAGCUGAGUCUCUGCUGCUGACCACCAUGGCCUCUACCACAUCCCUGGCCACCACCACCCCAGUACAGAGCACUUCGCUGCAGGUCGGCAGCCUCUGUGCUUUUAUGGGCGGCGGCACAAUCCUGACCACGGUGCCCGUCAUGGUGGACACAGAGAAGCUUCCAAUCAACCGCAUCGCCAUCAGCGGAAAGCCCGUCGGCCAACCCCACAAAGGAGAAAAGCGCACUGCCCACAACGCCAUCGAAAAGCGCUAUCGCUCCUCCAUCAAUGACAAGAUCAUUGAGCUCAAAGAUCUGGUGGCUGGUACUGAGGCCAAGCUCAACAAGUCUGCAGUGCUGAGAAAAGCCAUUGACUACAUCCGUUACAUACAGCAGACUAACCAGAAACUCAAACAGGAGAACAUGGCCCUGAAAAUGGCCGCCCAGAAAAACAAGUCUCUCAAAGACCUGGUAGCCAUGGAAGUAGAUGGACAGGCUGAUGUCAAGAACGAGCUGCCAACCCCCCCGGCUUCUGAUGUGGGCUCUCCGACGUCUUUCUCGCACUGUAGCAGUGACUCUGAGCCUGACAGUCCGAUGGGGGAAGACGCCAAGCCAAAUGUGGGCGUGUUGGACACUUCGGCAGCAGGCAGCAGUGCCGGCGGCAUGUUGGACCGGUCCCGCAUGGCGCUGUGUGCCUUCACCUUCCUUUUCCUGUCUCUCAACCCUCUGGCUGCUUUGCUGUGUUCGUCUGGCAGCAGCUCAGCUGGAAGCGCUGUAGCCUCCAGCGCCCAUCAUGCAGGCAGGAGCGUUCUGGGUGUGGAUAUUGCAGCGGAUUCGUGGGGCUGGAUGGACUGGAUGCUUCCAACCAUACUUGUGUGGCUCUUGAAUGGUAUUCUGGUGUCGGGUGUCCUGAUCCGUCUGUUGGUGUAUGGAGAACCUAUAACCAGACCACACUCUGGAUCCUCUGUUUUGUUCUGGAGGCACCGCAAGCAGGCUGACCUGGACCUAGCUAGAGGUGAUUUUGCCCAGGCCAGUCAGAACCUGUGGACCUGUCUAAAGGCCCUCGGUCGCCCCUUACCCACCUCCCAGUUGGACCUGGCUUGCGCCGCGUUGUGGUCUCUGCUAAGGUUCUGCCUUCAGCGGCUCUGGGUGGGCCGCUGGCUGGCUGCCAGAGCUGGAGGUCUGCGAUCUGACCGCCCCCUGCAGGAGGAUGCCUGCAAGAGCAGCCGUGACGCCGCCCUGGUUUACCACCGCCUGCACCAGCUUCAUAUGACAGGUAAAUUGAAUGGGAGUCACCUGUCGGCAGUGCACAUGGCUUUGAGUGCAGUGAAUCUGGCAGAGUGUUCUGGUUCCUGUCUCCCUGUAGCCACUCUGGCUGAGGUCUACGUCUCCGCAGCUCUACGGGUCAAAGCCAGUCUGCCGAGGAUCCUGCAUUUCACCUCUCGUGCGUUCCUGAGCAGUGCCCGUCAGGCGUGCCUGUCGUCCAGUGGCAGCGUGCCUCCAGCCAUGCAGUGGCUCUGUCACCCACUGGGUCACCGCUUCUUUGUGGAUGGGGAUUGGGCUAUUCGCAGCACUCCCAAAGAAAGCAUCUAUAGCCAGGCUGGCAAUACAGUCGAUCCUCUGGCCCAGGUGACUCAGGCCUUCAGAGAGCACCUCUUGGAGAAGGCUCUGUACUGUGUGGCCCAGCCUCAUGGGGAGAAAAGACCCAGCCAGGGCGAGGGGGAGUAUGCCGAUGCCCUGGAGUACCUCCAGCUGUUGAUCAGCGCGUCAGAUGCAGCUGGUGCCACGUCCCAGUCCUUUGCGAUCGGCUCCAACAUGGCCACCGUGACUGGCUGCGAUCCGCACUCCAAGUGGUGGUCCUCGGUUGCCGUGGUUAUCAUCAACUGGCUCCAAGGAGAUGACGCUGCAGCGGAGAGGCUGUAUCCGACUGUCGAGCACCUGCCUCGCAGUCUGCAGAACGCAGAGAGUCUUCUGCCCAAGGCUUGUCUGAACACAUUCAGGGCAGUGCGGGCUCUGCUGUCCAAGCCAGAAAACUGCCAGCUGAGUCUGAGCUACAGUGACAAGGCCAGUGCCCUGCUCCGAGACAGCCUCAACCUAGGACCACACUGCCACAGCUCCGGUUUAGACAAGGUCAUCCAGUUGCUUUUGUGUGAUCUACUGUUGGUGAUGAGGACCAACGCGUGGCGUCUGCAGCAACAAGGGGCCAGUCCCGCGGGAUCAGGCCCGGUGGGUACCAGCGGCCCCGCUGGGGUCCAGCAGGCCUCCCCGCCGGAGCUCCAAGGAUUCCAGCAGGAUCUCAGCUCCCUACGCAAGCUGGCACACAGCUUCAGACCAGCAAUGCGAAGAUUGUUUCUCCACGAAGCUACAGCCCGGCUGAUGGCGGGGGCCAGUCCCACCCGCACACACCAGCUCCUGGAUCGCUCGCUGCGACGCAGAGCAACGCCCGGAGCCAAGACAGAGGAGUGCGAGACGCGACCUGGCCAGCGGGAACAGGCGGAGGCCGUGAUGCUAGCUUGCCGCUACCUCCCUCCCUCCUUCCUGUCGGCUCCUGGCCAAAGGGUCGGGAUGCUGGCGGAAGCAGCCCGCACCCUGGAGAAGCUGGGAGACAAGAGGACCCUCCACGACUGCCAGCAGAUGAUCAUCAAGCUCGGCAGUGGCACCACAGUCACCAACAGCUAGAGAGAAGGAGGAAGGGCUGCGAGACGUGCAUGGACACUGUAUAUAAAAACAAACAUGCUCCCACAGACACGCAAUCACACAUGUCUGGCAUUUUGUCAUACAGAUAUUGAACAGAUUUGUUAAACCACAUAGAUUCAUAUUGACCUAAUGGGAUUUUCUUCAUGGAUUGCCCCUCCCACCACCCCCAACCCCACAUCAGAAGGCACUUAUAGUGUUCACGCUCAUGUUGCUACGAAGUAUUGUCAAAAAAUAGGACGCAUUUUUCUCUCCUACUGAACUAAAACCCCCCGUGAGAUUGAAUUGCAGUGCCACUGUUUUCCACAAAGAGGAACCAUCAUAUCCUCCUGGUUGAUGGUGUGUUUGACUGUGUGUGUAUGUGUGUGACUUGUGACUGUGUGCAUGUGUGAGAGAGAGAGAGAGAGAGAGAGAGAAAAAAGGAUGAAAGAGAUGUUUGAUCUGCAUUCACUCGGUGUAGUCCCGACCACAGUCUUUCAAGAUGAAGAUGCAUCUUCUACGGGGAGGAGUGCUCAGUAGGUUAGAGUGGCGGGCUGCUCUGAUUGGCUGCAGAUUGUGGCGUCGCUUGUUCUUGUGCAUGGGAGGAAAAGGACCAAACUCGGGAUUGGUCUGGCUGUGUCUUGUUCAGUGGGAAGCCACUCGGCAGGUUGUCGAAAACGAAGCUGAUCGUGUUUCAGUGCCGUUAAUCUGAGGGGGCCCAUUGUCCAAACUUGUCUAUCUGCACUAGCCCUGUGAGGCUGAUUUCAAUGAUGAGUAAUAAUAUGGCUUUAUGAGGGGGGUUUUUUCAUAGAGAUCCACUUUGUCGUUUUUGCUGUGUACAUAUUUUACAAUGUAUUUAUAAUCUGUAAGAAUUUAAAGCAGUAUUUUUGCGUAAGCAGAGUGAAACAUGCUUAUGUUCUUCCCUUAAUUCUGUUUUAUUUGGAAGCUCUUGAUCACAUCCAAAUAAUGUAGAGAUACUAUGUUGCCACGAUGAUAAGUGUCAAAGAUGUAGGCACUAUCAAGUGAUCAUGGGGAUAUCUGCGUCACACCGUCUGACUUAAUUGACCUUUUGCACUGUUGCACACGAAUGCAACUAUGAUAUCAGAAGUCGCUUGGCAGCGUCGCCAGGUGACAACUCGAACUGCAAUGUGAACCUUGAUCUCCUCUUUUGCAAUCAACUACAAAAGUCAUGCAGACAGUUUCAAAAUAAAUCUUUUCCAAAGAGGA